CAACAAUCUUCUAUGCAGCGACCGAGACGAUAUCUGACAUACAGGUCGAGGCAAUCAUGGCACAUGAUCUGAAACCAGACCAGGUGCUCUUGUUAGAUGGUGGCCUUGGAACCACGCUGGAAGACGAACAUGCUAUCAAAUUCUCCUCGAAAACUCCAUUGUGGUCUUCACAUCUCCUUGUCGAAAACACCAACGUCCUUCAGACAGUCCAGCGAGACUUUGCCAAUGCUGGUGCGGAAAUCAUUUUGACGGCAACAUAUCAGGCGAGUUUAAAGGGGUUCGAAAAUACCAAACUGGGGUCAGACAAUGGGAUCUCGAGAGACGAGGGAUCCAGGUACAUGGUCUCGGCGGUCAAGAUCGCUCGACAAGCAUUCCAAGGACGCCAUGGUCUGGUUGCACUAUCGCUCGGUGCGUACGGGGCCAGUAUGGUACCGAGCACAGAGUACAGUGGGGAAUAUGGUAGCAUGAAGGAGCAAGACCUAGUCCAGUUCCAUCGAGAUCGUCUAAACAUCUUCCAGGCCAGUGAAGAGUGGAAUAAUGUCGAUCUUGUGGCGUUUGAAACUCUGCCUAGACUGGAUGAAGUCGUGGCUGUACGACGAGUGAUGGAGCCAAUUCAACAAAAGAAGUAUUGGAUAUCUUGUGUCUUUCCCAACCAAGACGAGAGGUUGCCUGAUGGGACUGAGAUAACGAGUUUGGUCAAGGCCAUGUUGGGUGGGACCAGGCCACCGUUCGCAAUCGGCAUCAAUUGCACAAAGAUCUACAAAGUCGCAGGUUUGAUAGAGAGAUUCGAAGAUGCAGCACAGAGUCAGGGAUUGGCAUUGCCUUGUCUGGUUGUCUACCCGGAUGGCGCAGGGGACAAGGUGUAUGACACAGUGACACAACAAUGGAUAGGAGAUGGCUCAGCACAACCACCGUGGGAUGAGCAGAUGAUUGACAUUGUUCGCCAGGUCAGAACAAGAGCUCGCUGGAGGGGCAUGAUAGCAGGAGGCUGUUGCAAGAUAUCUCCAGGGCAGAUUGCACAAUUGAGGCGUCAAAUAGAUAGUACAGAAUGACAAAUGUGU